AUGGUUUAUGAAACGGUAUUGAAAACAACGCUUGUGGCCAUGGGGAUCGAGCAUGGGAUAGCAGGGCGUCUCCGACGAGCGGGGGGGCAUGAGAAUUUGGCGGGUUUCGUGGGAGUUGAAUCUCUCUCUGGCCGCAUCGAGAGAAUGGAUUUAAUCGAUUUGAAGGGGCAGUACCUGGAAACACAUACGGGGAGCGCUGGAACGUUGGAGAACUGUUCUCGGCAGCGUAUUAAUAUUACAGAAUCGACUGAGCUCGAGGGGAAGCCGGAGAAGCGCGAAACACAAGAAGCUCACAUUCUACUGAAGAAUCGAAACCAAGAACCACGACCGCAAACGAUACAACCAGCCCAUGCAAUAAAACAUGAAGUUCCCGAAAGCUUUAAGUCUACAGACUCGGACCUAGACACGGAUUCGGAAAACGAUGAGCUAGAAGUCGAAAAGUUCAAUUUUCUCGUUUUAAAGACCGUGGAAAACUCCGAAUCUCACAAUUGGGAAAAAGCGGAGGAAUAUUGGAAGGCUACCAUCAAGAUCUGGGGAACGGUACGAAAUCAUCCAGGAAUGGAGGGGUUCAGAAUUCCGUCUCUAAAACCGCAUGAGGAGGAGGAGCUGGACGAAAAAUGGAUGCCAGCUUAUCUUGCAUGGUCACAACUGUUGCAGGGAAAAUCUAAGGAGGCCCUACAGACGAUAAACUUCUUAUCAGAUGAAGAGGUUCGCGAUGAUACAAUUUUACACGGGGUAAUCGAGUGGACCAAAGCUAGCGCAUAUACCCAGCUUGGAGACUUGAAAGAGGCAAGGCGACGAUGUCGGAAGGCGGUCAAACUGGCGAGGGAAGUCAAUGACCUCGACCUGUCGCGUUUGUCUAUUGAAUUAAUGGUGGAAAUACUUGAGAUGAUUGAGGGCCCGGAAGGUAUUGAGCUUGAAUUUUAUAAGUCUUUACUACCGCCGGAUUCUGAAGGUGCAUCGGAGGAGGUACUGAAGGGAACUGACGAGCCGGAUUAA